GCACCCUUCGAUCAUUUGAACAUUUCUGAAUCACAUAUACGCUCUUCGCAAGCAGAUGCCUGGUCUUGGCGUGCAUACGGAGAAUCGCAUGCCAUCAUCUAUAUCGCAUAGUCGGGUAUGCUGCCGCCGCUUCGCUAAUAUCAAACGGCUCAAAGGUCUAAUCUCUGGCUGGUGCACUUGCACACGAGCCGCGACCGUGGGCUCAUGAUGGCGCUCAAUGCGACCAUGGCACUCGAUCCACCACCUGAAACGCCCACCGGCGUCAGCAUCCCUGUACCUGCGGCCAUCGUUCUCGGUCUCCUUGCCUCUUUCAUCCAGUCGCUAGGUUUGACGAUCCAACGCAAGUCGCACCUGCAAAAUGAGACACUUCCUGUCCAGUCCCGCCGAACAGAGUGGCGCCGACCUUUGUGGCUCAUCGGCUUUGCUAUCUUCAUCACUGCGAACAUUGCGGGCACGGUGUUUCAGAUCGGCGCACUGCCGAUCGUCAUGCUCGCUCCCCUCGGCGCUGUCAGCUUGCUAUACAAUGCAUUGCUCGCUCGCAUGCUCCUCAAUGAUAUCUUCACGCAGUACAUGAUAGUUGGCACCAUCCUCAUCGCCGUCGGCGCGAUCAUGAUCGGGUACUUUGGCACCGUGCCAGACCAUCCUCAUACGCUGGAUGAACUGCUCGCCCUCUAUUCGCGACCAGCUUUUGUAGCUUUCGUUGCUGUAUUCAGCCUUACCUUAUUCGGCGUCCUCGCACUAUCGCACUUAGCGGAAUGGCAGCUGUACAUGAGACUCAAUCGCAAGCCUCUUAAGGUGUCAAAGAGCAAGGGGCGGAAAAGCCGCAAAGAUAUGAAGCGGCGCUGGUCGGCACCAACGCUUGCCACCCUCGCAGAGGUGAACGAGAACCCCUCUGGCAUUGCGACGCCAAUUCUAGCCAUCGUGGACGAGGCAGCGCGGCGGGGCUUGCCUGCCGAGCGGCUCGUUGCUGCCGCGAGGGAAAGCGGACUAGUGCCUGCUGCUGCUGCCUCUGCUUCUGCCCAGUCAGUCAAUGGCAUCGCGCCGCUUGGUCCGGCAAUCGCAGAAGUGCGACAGCAGAAACCGGCGGGGUAUGGAAGCAUCAUAUCAUCAAACAAGCCAAGUGUGGACGGGAGGCUGGCACAGCAGCAUCACCCCCCGUCGUCGUAUCCGCGGGAUACACAGUUCAGCAACGGUGCGCAUAGCUCGGACAGUGCUGACUCUACAAAAAUAACAACAGCAACAGCAUCAUCAUCAUCAUCAUCAUCAUCAUCAUCAUCAUCAUCAUCAUCAUAUGGGCCGAAGCGCCGAAAACAGAUGAAGAAAGAGAAAGCGGACGAGAAGGUGGUGCGGCGCACGCGACUCGGCCUUAGCAUAGCGUACGGAGGUGCGAGCGGCACGCUUUCUGGUGUUUGCCUGCUGCUUGCAAAAAGUGGCGUGGAGCUGCUCGUGCUGACUUUUGCGGGCCAGAACCAAUUCAAGAGGUGGCAAAGCUGGGGACUCGUCGGAAUCAUGAUUAGCGUGGCGCUAGCACAACUUUGGUAUCUUAACAAAAGUCUGCGGUUAUCAGACCCUACAAUCGUAUGUCCCCUGGCAUUCUGCUUUUACAAUACUUCGUCCAUUGCUCUUGGACUUGUCUACUUCGAUCAAGUAGGCGUAUUGAGAUGGUGGGAGAUCUUAUGCGUCGCAAUGGGCACAGCCCUGCUACUCCUGGGUGUGUGGGUGGUCAGCUUCCAUCGGCGACCCGAAGCGGAAGAGGUGGAGGAAGCGGCCAUAGCGCAAAGCGCUGAGAGUUAUCUCAACAGCGAGGAUGAGAACAUGACGGCAAUAACAUCAGGAGCACCGGGCGUGCUUCCAAGUACGACCUCCGCAGAGACGGAUAGCCUGGCGUCACCGAUGAGCUGCGAGGGGUCAUGCAGCCCUACCGCACCCACAUCACCGAUCAUCUCCAGCGCUCGCAUCCGCCGACGCUCGCCGAGCUUGGCGCUUGGUGUCAAUACGCUGGUGGGCGUGCAUGCGCAAGAGGAGGAGCGACACAGAGCGACGGCGUCGGCCAUUUAUUCUACAUUCUUUGAGCGCGGCUUCAGCGUCGGCAUUGCGGCAUCUUCACCCGGGUUCCAUCUCCAGUCUGCACAUGCGCAUGGCGGAGGCAGCAGCUCAUACGUCCGACCUGUCGGGCAGACGCGGCGGUCCAUGUCUGAAGCGGACCUGCGCACCUUUUCCGACGAGGAUCACGAAGAUGAGGACGACGUGCUUCCGCACAGCUACGCACACGCAGCCAGCGGCCGACGUGUCGCAGCAGAGAUGGAAGCUAGAGGAGGUGGGAGCGUGGUGGCUGCGGACAAUUCGUCUGCAUUCCGAAUCGAACUGCCGUCGUUGGACGUCGUGUCACUUCGGCAGCGGUUAGGCCAGCUGCAACUGGAUGGCUCAUGGAUUGGCAGGCUGUUGGGCAGAGGAAGGGAGGAUGCUGCUGCCAACGUGGAGGAUGGUCUGGAUCGCCAUCAGGAGAGAGAAACGUCGCCACUGCUGGGACAUGGCAGUCGGCGGUGAUUCACAGCGGUCGUUCUCCCUUUGGUCCUCUCCAUCACUGCCACACGCAUCCGCCAACCUGGCACAUCCCGGGCAAACGCGCACGACUGCAUGCGGGUUACGUCACGCCAUUUGCCGUUCGUACUUUACCGCUCCCCAUGUCGUCGGCAGCCCACUGUCACGUGCCGUUUCAAGCUUUUGUGGGGCAGAUGCCCUAUUUCUACGCCAUACUUGUAUUUUUUAUGUUCGCAGUCUUUCAUCCAUCAAUGAUACCAUGCAUUCAUUCAAC